AUGGAUGUUGGCUUGAGGAUGAGUAGCAGUCAAGUAUUAGAAUGGGCAAGUCUUCCUCUGCCCGUUCUCUUUUUGGUUUUGGAUAGGUUGGUAGAACCCAUUGACCAUAUUCGAUUUGCUGCUGUUUGCAAAGAAUGGUGUGUUCUUGCAAAAGAAUACAAUCACAAAACGCAACGUUGGCGUAAGCUACUCCCCAUGCUCCUGGUUCCAACAGAAUGUGAAGGAAAGCUAAAACUGUACAGCUUCCCUGCAGGAAAAAUCUACGACAUUGAAUUGCCAGUGCCUUGUAAUAGUAAGAGGUAUUGUGAUUCUAGCUAUGGCCAUGGUUGGUUGGCGACAAUGGAUGUGUUAGAUAGAGGUGGAUUGACUAUAACUCUGGUGAACCCUUUCAGAAAAGCAGUGGCGCCCAUUCGUCUCCCUCGCUUGGAUUUCAAAGUCCUCCGUAAGUACUGCGAGGUUUGCCUCCCGAAGAUUAUCUUAUCUGAGGAUCCCACAUUGAAUCCAGAUAGUUAUGUGGUUGUAGCAAUUUACAAACAUGUUUCUGAGUUGGCUUUCACUAAAGGAGGACAAAAGUUUUGGAUUUACAGCAAGCGUUUAAGAGGGUGCUUGCUUACUGAUGCUAUUUUUCAUAAAAGUCAAGUCUUUGCAGUUGGAAAGUGGGGAAGCAUUCUUUCCUUUGAUAUCAAUAGCAAGCCAAUAGAAGCAAAGAUUCUUAACCCACAAGAAUGUCCGUUCUCGCGUUAUGCUGAUAAAGCUUAUCUCGUGGAAUCAACCAAUGGAGACUUGUUGCAUGUUCGAAGAUUUUUGAAAGAUGUUGACGGAGAUGCCUACCAUGAAGAGUUUUGGACUGAGAGAUUCAUGGUUUACAAGUUGGUGUUCAAUGAGAGGGAUGGAUCCGUUGUGCAGCAUGUUGAAAUAAAAAGUAUCGGGGAUGAGGUUAUGUUCCUGGGUGACGAUUAUUGUAUCUCUGUUUUGGCUUCAAACUUUCCUGGGUGCCAACCCAAUUCAAUAUAUUACAUGGAUGAUUGUACAAAAUUGGGAGGAGCACGUGUACCUGAUACUGAUAGCAAUAGCAGACCGAGUGUUAUAGGCAUUUUCAAUUUAGAGGAUGAAACCAUCACACAACAUUACUCUUCAAACAUUUCACCCGCAUUUUGGAUUGUGCCCCUGUUUAAUGGACUCUGCUAA